AUGACCGAGCCUAGUGCUGCUGAUGUUCGUGCUGUCGCUGUCGCCAAGCUUAAGCGAGCCGCCAGCCUGCCUCGAAUGAAGGAUGGCCGUCGGCCGCCGAUGCAUGAUGACGCUGUUAGUGAAGGAGACAAAAGUAACAACCCCGCACCAAUCAAUCAACCUGUGUCUCAAUCUGAUGAGACAGUAAGCGACGGGGAACAGCAACCCCAAUGGGAGGCAUCGCCCACUAUCGUCCCUAUCGCCGCCCCGGCGGAGGAACUGCCGACGACAAGCAAUACCACUGUAACCGAGGAGGAGCCUCCUCCAAGUGGUCGUGACACCCCUUCAAAAAUAAACGUCGAGGACGUUCAAGGUCGAGAUCGAGAUCGAGAUCCCGUGGGUCGAAAGAUUUCAAAGGGGCGUCCACUUCCGAAUUUCUACGCCCAUCCGACUCAUCUCCCGAGGAACGGCUUCCCCCAGUCCCGUUUUUUCCUGUCCUUGCGUCCCCGAUCCCAUCACACUUCACCACCCUUCAAUUCCACAACCGAGCUUUUUUUCCGUCACCAUCCCCACACCACUUCCUCCAUACACCCACAUCACCCCCUCCCUCCCUCGAUGAGUUGA